CCACCAACCCACCCCAGCCAGGCAGCCACCAGCCGCACGCUCGCACACAGCAUCCACAUUUUGCUAGCCUGCACCUGGCCAAUCGCGUCCAGCUCAAGCGCCGCCGCGGCGAGCACCUGCUCCCGGCCUCCCGCGCCGCAAAUCAAGGUCUGCGGCACCUUCCCCACGCGGCGGACCUCAACAGUCAACUCCUCCCCUAGUGCAGGCAGCGUCUACGGCUUGCGCUUUCUAGCCCACAGCGCGGCCUGCGACUCUUCCCCAGCCUCUUGCCGCCGGAGCUCGAAGAUGAGGUCCUCGUUGCCGCGUCAGAGCGCUGGAUCUGCGGCGGGGUGGCUCGGCGGGUGUCCACUUCUCAGCUACUAGAGUCUUCCGUCGCCCCCAACCACAAGCUUUGAUCUGCCGCCGCCCACCGCUCACUACGCCGUCCUAUCAUCCCCGCGAGCGGCUGAACGGGAGGAGGGGUUCAGAACCAUCGCGUGCGGGCGCAGGAGGACGGGCGGAGGGGAACGAAGCCGCGCGACGAGGAUCUGCUCGUGCACAGGAGAACGGGAGGAGGGGGUCCACCUGUCUGAGAACAGGAGGGGGACGAAGCCGCGCGAGGCCGGGGGUCGCCCGGGGUCUGAGCGCACAGGACGAUCGGGCUCACCUGUCUGUGAAUAAUGACGUACCAAAGUGAGAGCUACCGCAGAAUCGGUCGGCUUUUUAGAAAUAGGAUGCAGAUUAUAUGCAGAAGAAUGGAUGGAUGAUUGAAUGGUCAGUAUGGGUCUAAAUCACGACAUGUAACGAGCGAGGGACGGACGGCCUCUGCCAUAGCUGCCAUUCCUAGCUACAAUUGCUCUCCAUCGAUCGUUCGUCCGGGCCUUGCGAGUAUGAUUUGAAUCAUGCAUAUAGCACUGCUACAUAUAUACCUCGCAUCUCGCCGGCGACCAGUGUUUGUAACGGUCUUACUACAGCAGCCAGUUGAUGAUGGCGCGGUGGUCGGCGGCGGUGUUGUUCGCCGCAGCGGUGUUGACGGCGGCGUCCAGUUGCGUCCUUGUCGCGGCGGUGCGGGACGACGACUUCUUCGUGGAGGGCUCGGUGUACUGCGACACCUGCCGUGCCGGGUUCGAGACGAACGCGACGACGCCGAUCGCCGGCGCCAAGGUGCGGCUGGAGUGCCGGCACUUCAAGAGCGCGAGCGGCGCGGUGGAGCGGUCGGCGGAGGGCUCCACGAACGCGACGGGGCAGUACCACAUCGAGCUGGUCGACAACCGCGGCGCCGAGGAGGUGUGCGUGGUGGCGCUGGUGAGCAGCCCCAUGCCCGGGUGCGGCGAGAAGGAGGUGGGCCGCGACCGCGCCCCCGUCGCGCUGCUCACCGACGCCGGGCUCGCCACCACCGUGCGCCGCGCCAACCCGCUGGGGUUCCUCAAGGAGCAACCGCUCCCCAACUGCGGCGAGAUACUCGCGAGCUACGCGCUCCGAUCCGCGCCCAGCUACUGACGGCAUGUUUGUCCCUGGCAUGCAUCCUGCUUCUUGACCAGCAUGCGCCUCGCCUCAAUCUUGCUUGCAUUUCAUUCCGAUCCCACAUGUUUAGAUUACGAAUAAUCUCCAUCAGCUAGCACGAGCAAUGUA